AGCCUCUCCGUGCACUUUUGCCCGGGAAGUCCAAGGCGACGUGCUCUCCAGAGGCGGGAAGGGAGCUCGAACUGUGAUGUACCCUGAGCCAUAAUUCUUUCUUCUGCUGCUCUCCUCCACCGGCUGCAGUGCAACCUCUUCCCAGAGUGGCUCCAGACAAGAUGAUAAAGCGUUUCCUGAAGGAGGACUCUGAGGAGGCUGAGCUGAGCCAGCUCCUGCAGGAUUGCCCACCGGUUGACAGCCCCAGGAAGGUGGAGACCCCGGAGAGCUGGCGGGAGCCUGGCCACUCCCUCUGUGGUGUGGGCAGGCUCCCCCUUGACAUCGACGAGAGGGACGCCAGGAUCUUCUCCCGGUCUCAGCCCCUGGAUGUCCAGCAGCACAUCGCAGCCCCCCCACCCCCCAGCCCCAACCGGCCCCGGAGCCCCUGGGGGCAGCUGGACCCAUAUGACUCCUCCGAGGAUGACAAGGAGUAUGUGGGCUUUGCCACGCUGCCCAACCAGGUUCAUCGGAAGUCAGUGAAGAAGGGCUUCGACUUCACCCUCAUGGUGGCAGGGGAAUCUGGUCUGGGCAAGUCCACCCUGAUCAACAGCCUCUUCCUGAUGGACAUGUACAGAGACCGCAAGCUGCUGAACGCUGAAGAGCGCAUCAUGCAGACAGUGGAGAUCAUCAAGCACAUGGUGGACAUUGAGGAGAAGGGUGUCAAGCUGCGCCUGACCAUUGUGGACACGCCAGGCUUCGGUGAUGCCGUCAACAACACUGAGUGCUGGAAGCCAGUGGCUGACUACAUUGACCAGCAGUUUGAGCAGUAUUUCCGUGAUGAAAGUGGCCUCAACAGGAAGAACAUCCAGGACAACCGUGUCCACUGCUGCAUCUACUUCAUCUCACCCUAUGGCCAUGGGCUCCGGCCCCUGGAUGUGGAGUUCAUGAGAGCCCUGCACCAGCGGGUGAACAUUGUGCCUGUGCUGGCCAAGGCUGACACCCUGACCCCAGCCGAGGUGCAGCGCAUGAAGAACAAGGGCCAGAGCCCUGCCCUCAGCAGGGCUGUCUGCCUCCAGAUCCGUGAGGACAUUGACCACUAUGGCAUCCGACUCUACCAGUUCCCUGAGUGUGACUCGGAUGAGGAUGAGGAAUUCAAGCUGCAGGACCAGGCACUGAAGGAGAGCAUUCCCUUUGCUGUCAUCGGCAGCAACACGAUGGUGGAAGCCAAAGGCCGGCGCAUCCGUGGACGCCUCUACCCCUGGGGCAUUGUGGAAGUGGAGAACCCAUCCCACUCUGAUUUCGUGAAGCUGCGAACAAUGCUGGUGAGGACACAUAUGCAAGACCUCAAGGAUGUGACGCAGGACAUCCACUAUGAGAACUACCGCAGGCAGUGCAUCCAGAGCAUGACCCGCCUGGUAGUGAAGGAGAGGAACCGCAACAAGCUGACGCGGGAAAGCGGGACAGAUUUCCCCAUCCCUGUCAUCCCCUCGGUGCCAGAUGCAGAGACGGAGAAGCUCAUUCGGGAGAAGGACGAGGAGCUGCGGCGCAUGCAGGAGAUGCUCCAGAAGAUCCAGAAACAGAUGAAGGACUCGCACUAACUCCUUUUUCCUCCUCCUCCUCCUCCCUGCACCCCAAAUCAGAAACAUUUACAUCACUCUCCGUCCUACCCUGACCCUGCUGCAAGACGCAGUACAACACUGACUGCAUCUGCCACCUUAAGCUGCUGUGGUAUUGCCUUAUCCAACCAACCAGCACCCAUCCCAUGGGCACAGUGAGAGGACAAUGCACCCAGCCUGGAGGUCCCCUGUCCUGGCCAGAUUGCUGCCCACCUUGCCUCAGGCUGGGGACAGCUUUGGCUUUCCCUGUUUCCCCCACAGCUCUGAGGAGAGACACCAGCUCCUCAUGUUAUGUCUGUCCCUUGUCCCUCUGUCACCUUCGGCCUCCCUGCUUACAGCCUUUAUGAUAAGCUUGGUCCCGGCUCCAGGGAAGACGAGGUGGAUGGAAUUGAGGGGCAGUUGUCCCAGCUGCCCUGCUGAGGGGAGGAUGGGGCUGCUUCCCCCUGGCUUUGGCUGGAGCAGAGGGACAGCAGCUCCUGGGGACUGCAGGCAACCAAGGGACUGAAGGGGCAGCCACUGUCCUGGCCUGGGUGACAGCCGGCACUCAGACCUCCUUGGCUGCCUCCCAUCCAGUGCUGGUGCAAGGAGGGACUGAAGCUCAGCGGUUGUUGCCAGGGACCUUGUUGCUCCCUUGCCAGGGUUGUUGCUCCCUGUGUUGUUGCCAGGGACCUUGUACCCUCUGAGCACUGUUCCUUGGGAGCACACUGUGACCCUGGGUGUUGGGAAGGGCCAUGGAUGGAGAGCACUGGAGAAUCACAGUCCUCAGAGAAAGUUCCUUGAACCCUAAAUCAGAGGCUUUCCCAGCCUGGCCCCCUGUGAUGUUGGCCCUGUAAAGCAAUAAUGACUGUCCUGUGCCCGUGGUGCUUCCUGACCUGCAGUAACAGCAUCGUCCCUCACUGGUGUUUUAGCCCCUGGUGCCACUUGUUUGUCUGUGGUGUCCCUGUGUGGCCCUAGGAUGGCCCUGUCCCAGCUGCUUCCCGGCAGAGCAUCACUGUGUCCCCCAAGGAUGUCCCCGUCUAUAUUACUUCCCAGGAAAUCACUGCUUUAUGUCCCCAUCUGUCUUGCUGCCCUGCAGAGCACUGUGUCUUAUCCCUGUGUUCCCCCUAAGAUGUCUAUAUCUGCACUGCUCUCUGGCAAAGCACCGCUGCGUGGCCCCAGUGUGAGCCCUGGCCAGUGGCUGUGGGGCAUCCCUGUGGAGAUUGACCCGAUCCCUCCCUGCCCAGCCUCCUGCUCUGCCCCCCCGCUGCCGGGUACAGGGAAAAAUGAAAGCGGAUGGCGAGGCUGCAGAGAAGAGGCAGAAUCGGGAGCAGUGGGAUUGCUGGGGUGCCCUGAGUGGGUUCACCCCAGGGUCUGGGGUUUGCACCCAGGCUUGGCUGAGGGGGGCUGUGUCGAGCCUAGGCUCAGAGUGGGUGCUGCAGGGUGCUGGGGCAGCAUCCGGCAUGUGCCACUCAUGUCCCUGUGCCACUGGAGGGUCCCUUGGCCCCCGUGGGCAGGGCCCCACAGGGUUUAUUAGCGCUUUCCUUUUUUUAAUGUUGCUAUUUUCUUAUAGAAGUUCCUACCUUCGCAUGAUGGUCAUAGAGGCAUUUAUUAAAGGAUAAGCAGAGUAUAGGUUUAUAAAUUCUUACAGAGCUAGUGGAAAUAUUUUUAUCCCUCCACAACCAUUCUCAAUAAAUAUGGCUGACCCACCUUGUCUGA